GGUUGUCAUCGAAGACAACCCUGACCGAAUACUGCUUACAUCAGCACUUUCGGUUUCAAGAUUUACCUGUUUACCUGUAGUUAUUGGCACUGGUAAACAUUUUCUUCAGAAAAUUUAUGCGAAAACAAAUCUCUAAGUCUGGCUACGUUGCUAUUAUAUCAUAACAAACAUGAUCAUUGUCUCUUGAUCAUAAGAAAUAACAUCAAACUUCACUGCACAUGGAGAACCCACAACAAUCAGGUGCAAAAUAGACCUAAACGAUAUGUGCAAAACUGCCAUUUUAAAAGAAGCGAAUGAAUUAAAAACCUCGGAUAUAAACGAACAAGGUAUUUUUUCGAGAAUAUUAAAAUCAUGGAAGUAAAGUUCUCUCCUUUCGCAACAGUUGGUCACGUGACCGAUAAUUUCUAAACUUUUAGUUACAACCAAAUGACUUUCAGAACUGGAAAGAGCAUGUUUUAAAUAGCCAGAACACCAAUUUUCAGACCAAUGCCGUGUAAGGUUAAGAUUUAAUGACGAUUUGAAUAUUGCAAAAGUUUUGAAAGUUUCGUAUGGAAGCGAGGAAGCUUUCCCCUCCAGAAACCUUUUCCUUUAUUAAUCACUUAAAAAGGAAGCUGCAGGCAUACAACUAUUGCAGAUGGAAGAUCUAGAGGGGCAAAAUAAUGGGAAAAACAGAAAAUUCUAGGGUCUUAAACCGAAAAGCAAAGAUUUUUGAAAAAUUGCAAAAUUACAAGGAUUUGUAUGGAAAACCACUUAAGCUGACUGAAGGGCAAAGCGUCUUCUCUCCAUACAAAUCCCUAGAUCUAUAUCAUCAGACAUGACAUUUAUUUAGUGGUCCUAGUGUUCCUAAACCCUUUUAUUGUCACACCGUUGACUGUUCAAUUCUUCAGUUUGAGUUUCCUGUGGUGGCCUUGCCAUCUCGUGCCACUUGAAAAAAUUGUUUUUUGUUGCUUCGUUAGAGAGAAGAGUCACACAACGCUGGUCAAGUGGUUCACAAUUUCCUUCUUGUCAUGACGUGUUUGUCAGUACACUGUCAAUAAUUCUGUUUGCUUUUACGAACGAUCCUAUUCAAAUGUUGUAUAGCCGUAGGAACCUAUUAAAAAUGCCACCUGCACUUAGUUCCCAUAAAAUCCACCUGUCAUCUCGGCGUUUAUUCUAAUUCGUUUAUUCUUGGCUUAAUGUUUUUCUCAAAAUGCAGAAUUAAAUGUGCGUGGAAAUAAUUCUUGGUAAACCAUGCUCAAAUCUGUCACUAAAAAACUUAAACCAUUCAUAGAAGCCAAACUCAACGAGGAGUAUGUCUGUAUAGCGAAUGAUGCAAAUUUAUACUGCCUUGACUACAUCGAGGAGAGGUUGAAACGCUGCAAUAUCGAGUCGGAUCUCGAAUUUAUCCGCCCUAAAGACGUGUCUGAAAACACUGUUUCCAUUUCUGCCAAAAUAAUCGAGGUUGGCGAGCUUCUGGAGACUUCGUAUCCUCAUCUUUACAACAAUGUUUCCAAACAGCUCAAGGUGAAGCUGCGAAGCGAGGUGAUUGUCGGCGACAUUUUCAGGAACUUUGGACGCGAGCUGUUUCGUGAGGGUGUAACUUGGGGACGGAUCGUAGCCUUGUUCGCUUUUGCUGCCGCUAUAAGCAGUGACUGUAUUACUCAGGGACGACCAGAGCUUGUUAAAACUGUGUUAAGCUGCGUGAGGCUUUAUGUGUUGGAUCAUUUGGCGGUAUGGAUAAGGAGUCAAGGCGGCUGGGUCGACAUCGGUGAAAAGUUCAAAUGCAUAGAGAAGAGAUACUCCAUGGCGUAUUUUCUGCGAUGGUUUGAUUAUAACAGACAGUGGCUCGUCAACGCCGCGACAGGGAAACUGUAUUCACUCCUGCAUGCAAUAAGUGAAUGUAUUGGUCUUAUUAAUGGAGGCUAACUGGCAAAAAUAACUUCCACUACGAGCGCCAAUGUUUAUGUUUGAAAUGUACUUAUUAUAUAAUGAGAAACAAAACAAAAUGAAGCAAUAAAUAAAUUACAGAGAUAAGUAUAUAUUAUAACUUGAAAAUAAAACAAAACUUUAAUCUCAUGUGUACGAAUCUUGUUGCUCGCUUCGCUCGCAAACCCCACCCCCUACCUACGCGUCCUUCGCGCUUUGCUUCGCUCGCUUUUUCUUUCGCGUGCGUAAACAGAGAGGCUGUGAACAGUCUAGUGUACGAAUUUAUACAAUACUCUGCCAGGGAAGAAAUACUCCCUUCAUAGCUCUUCAACUGGAUCACUAAAAGUGACAUGAAAAUAGCAUGAAGCGACUAGGGAUAUUGCCAAUCCCCGCUGGAUGGGAACGCGUGUAUUAGUCCUAUACGCUUCCUUAGCAUUCCCCGUGUUAUCCUUUACGUUUCUUGUGCGGUCCACCAUACGCUUCCUCUUGCCCACUAUAUAUGCUCAACUGUAUUCUCUCUCCCAUAGUUCCCAGUGGGUCCCUUGAUACGUUCCCCAUGUGUUUGCUGUGGGUGCUUACAGCCAUCUCUCGUCCCUGAUGCCUCGAGUUCCCUGUAGUUACUGUGUGGUUCCUGGUACGUUGCCCUAUGCCUUACCUCGCGUAUUUCUUGUGGAUAUCCGGCCUUUGCUCUUUCUUUGCGUCGCACUAUGAGCAGCCCCUGCGUUCUUCCAAUGAGUCCGCGGUAGCUCCCAGUAGGUUCUUUCUUACGCAAACUCGUUUCCAUGGCCUUUUCCCUAUCUAGGACACCCAAGUAAGGGAAAAGGCCCUGGGAACGAGGUUGCUUCCUACGUCCACCGUACAGUCGUUACGAGUUCCAGUAGCCCCUAUCUUUGCACAACCAUUACAACUGAGUUCUCUGUGCGCUCUCGCACGUUCCACUAUGUGUAUCCCUGUGCGUUACUCGUGGAUCCCGGUGGGUUUCUUCCUACAUUUACCGUACAUCGCUGUAUGUUCUAAGGCCCCCUACCUUUACACCCGGCCCCGGCUCGUCCGUUACAGCUGUGCUCCCUGUGCUUUCCGUAUUGCGCUCCACCGUGCAUCCCAGUGCAUUGCUUAUGGUUCCCGUUAGGUUCCUCAUUCGUACGUUUCCUGUGCUCAUGAUUAUUGCCAACGCGGAAAGUAGUUUUAACUUGUAGCCAAAUCAUCAAGCUUGCGCAAAAAAGAUAU